AUUGACAUCGCGGCCAUUUUGGCUCUGGCCGCCCUGCUCCCAUUGUGUGUGAGAUAGUAAAUACUGACACUGCCAGACAAGCCGAGCACAUAUUUCACCGCGCGAAAUAAAACACGUUCACCUGAGGUGAUAUUGACUAACAAUGGCCCGUACUAAGCAGACUGCUCGUAAGUCCACCGGAGGAAAAGCUCCUCGUAAGCAGCUGGCUACCAAAGCUGCCCGCAAGAGCGCUCCCUCGACUGGAGGAGUCAAGAAACCUCACCGCUACAGGCCCGGUACUGUGGCUUUGCGUGAGAUUCGUCGGUAUCAGAAGUCCACUGAGCUGCUGAUCCGUAAGCUGCCAUUCCAGCGUCUGGUUCGAGAGAUUGCCCAGGACUUCAAAACUGAUCUGCGUUUCCAGAGCGCCGCCAUUGGGGCACUGCAGGAGGCCAGUGAGGCAUACCUGGUCGGUCUGUUUGAAGACACUAACCUGUGUGCCAUCCAUGCUAAGCGUGUCACCAUCAUGCCCAAAGACAUCCAGCUGGCACGCCGCAUCCGCGGAGAGCGCGCUUAAACUCACCCCUUCUUUCUAUUGCCCUCUUUUAUUUCUUUCUGUCUCUCCACUUGUUCUCCUCCUGCUUUUCUUGGUAGAGUUUAGAGUAUCAGUGAUGGGGAGUAACUGUGUCUCAGUCUACUAGUGCUGUCUAAAUGACGCGUAGGGUACCUAUAUGUGCAUGUAACAGGUGCUGCUGAUCACACACACACACACAUGCAUCCACACAGACACACAUACAUACAUACACAUACUCACACAUUCACAUUUGGAGCGUAAACGAGGUCCACCCCUGCCCGCUUUAGGGCCAUACAUUCAACACGCAUGUAAAGAGAAGAAGUCUCGCCCUGCGCUCACACUUACUCCGCUGUCCAGAGAGAAAAACAGGGUGGUGUCUGGGGUCAGUCUGCUUAAGGGGAGCGCAAACUUCCAUAGCAGGGUGCUACUAAAACUGCCUCAGCCCACCUUAUUGAAACCUGUCCUCGCCAGUCCCCCAACUCACAUAUGUUUUUAAUCUUACCUCGUUUACCCUCCCCUUCCUGCCCCCCUCGAUCCAUCCAAUUCUUACAUGUCCUGCUUGAAUCCUUACUUGGCCCUUCCUAGUGGAGGUGAGUGUGGGGUCGGACUUCUUCUCUGUGUGAGUGUCUGUGGGUGAUGUGAUCAGCAAAGCAGAAUCGUAUUCAACUGCAAACCAGCAUCUAUUAGUUAAAAAGUUGUUACUUGUAAGAUU